AUGUCUCGUGAUACCCUUCUUGAUGAUGAAAAGGUGUUGCGUGCCGAAGACAUCAGCACGCGUAGAUUCAACGACCGUGGAAAUCUUCGACCAGCGUUACGGCUCGAUGAAAACAAAUAUCCCGCCAUAUUGGGUGGUUCUGUCAUAAGGACGGUCCUUAUAGAACAGGGCGUUUCUCGGAAGGUAACCCUUAGCGCGAUUGACGCCGUUUUAUCGGAGAGGGCAUCCAACGCCUUUCUAGCGCAGCGAGGUUUUGCCACUGGACUGGCAGAAUGCGUGUAUAAAAACAGAGCUCAAGGAAACACGGUCUUCCCCGGGCCUAUGGCCACUACCGUCCAGGCCAUCAUUGGAGCUGUCUUCAAAGACAGCAGUGAAAACUUUACGGCCGUCGAAGGGGUUAUGAAGGCAUUGGGCAUCUCUUGGCCCGAGUGA